AUGCACGAGGAAUAUAUGGCCUUGCUUCACAAUCAUACAUGGGAUCUUGUUCAACCGACACCAACUCAGAAUGUAGUUAGAUGCAAGUGGGUCUACUGCAUCAAGCAGAAGGCCGAUGGUGGCAUUGAUAGUUCUUUCUAUGUUGUUUCCUCUAAGUGGCCAAUUAGACAGCUGGAUGUGAAGAAUGCAUUCCUUCAGGAACAUCUCAUCGAAGAAGUCUAUAUGACACAGCCUCCGGGUUUUAUUGAUCCCUCUCGUCCUGAUUACCAUAUUGGCUUCUCCGAUUCCAAAGCCGACUCCUCUUUGUUUAUACUCUGGGGAAAACAAUAUAUUGUCUAUCUUCUGGUCUAUGUUGAUGAUAUGAUUCUAACAGGGACUCCAGGAGCACCCUUUAAGUCCAUAAUCAUUGCCCUACAGAAGGAGUUUGCUAUGAAAGACCUUGGCCCACUUCAUUUCUUUCUUGGCAUGGAAGCUCGUAGGAAUUCAGCUGGACUCUAUCUCACUCAGUCCAAGUAUAUCCAUGAUAUUCUUACUCGCACUUCUAUGCUAGAGUGCAAGCCCAUUAGCUCACCGGUCAAUACAGGGCCUCGACUAUCUAUUCGUGAUGGAUCCUCUUUCGAAGAUCCCUCACUCUACAGAAGUGUUGUGGGUAGUUUGCAGUAUCUUUCAUUAACUAGACCUGACAUUGCUUAUUCAGUUAAUCAGGUUUGUCAGUUCUUGCAUUGUCCCACUACAACUCAUUGGCAGGCUGUGAAGAGAAUCUUAAGGUAUCUAAAGGGAACCAUCACUCAUGAACUUCAUAUUCAUCCCAGUUCUAUGUCAUCUGUUCAUGGUUUUUCUAAUGCUGAUUGGGUCGGGAAUCCUGAUGAUCGUCGCUCCGUUAGUGGUUUUGUGAUUUUUCUUGGCUCCAAUCCUGUAUCCUGGAGCUCUAAGAAACAACGGACUGUCGCUCGAUCCAGUACUGAGUCCGAGUAUAAAAGUCUCGCAAAUGCCACUGCUGAGAUCUUAUGGUUACAGUCACUUCUUCAAGAAUUGGGAAUCUCGCAACAUCACCCUCCCACUCUGUGGUGUGACAACAUUUCGACGAUUUAUCUUACAGCGAAUCCUAUAUUUCAUGUGAGAACUAAGCAUAUUGAGAUUGAUUAUCACUUUGUGCGAGAGAGAUUCCUCCGUAGGCAACUUCUCAUUAGGUUUAUAAACUCCACUGAUCAGCUAGCUAGUGGACUUACCAAGGGCUUAUUUUCAUCCCGCUUUAUUGAUAUUCGAUCCAAGCUUCACGUGGAGAUUCCCCCGUUCGGCUUGCAGGGGAGUAAUAAAGGAUAA